ACAGCACCUAAAGGCAGCAAAGCAAACCCCGUGAUUUGGUUGAUCUUUGAACUUAUGAAGACACAAACUGCAGGAAUGAUUUGAUGCACUGAAGAGGAAGAGACACGCGUACAUGUGUAUACCUCUGUUAUAAUAAGCAUUGCAGAAAAGACUUCCUGGUGUCGUGCUGUGUAACAGGAAGCGCAGCUUGUUUAUCAGAAACAGCAGAAAUGUCGCUCCGAUACCCGGACAAAGCUGUCAUCGUGACCGGAGGAUCCAAAGGGAUUGGAAGAGGGAUUGUCAAAGUGUUUGUGGAGAAUGGAGCCAAAGUUGUGUUUUGUGCAAGAGGAGGUGCAGCAGGUGAAGCUCUGGAGGCGGAGUUAAACAAAGCAGGGCCGGGCUCAUGCAAAUUUGUCACAUGUGACAUUUCCAAAGAGGACGACAUAAAGAGAUUGAUCGCAGUCACGGUGGAGCAUUAUGGACACAUUGACUGCCUCGUAAACAACGCUGGGUGGCACCCACCUCAUAAACCCACUGAUGACACCACAGCAGAGGAGUUCAGGGAUCUGCUGAAUCUGAACCUCGUCAACUACUUCUUGGCUUCUAAAUAUGCGUUGCCGUACCUACGACAGCGUCAGGGAAACAUCAUCAAUGUGUCCAGUCUGGUGGCAACCAUCGGUCAAAAAGAUGCUGCACCGUAUGUGGCCACCAAGGGGGCGAUAAUCUCCAUGACAAAGGCGAUGGCUGUGGAUGAGAGUCGUUACAAUGUGAGAGUGAACUGCAUCUCUCCAGGUAACGUGCUGACGCCUCUGUGGGAGGAAUUAGCAGGACAGACACCAGAUGCUGCAGCAGCCAUUAAAACAGGAGAAACCCAUCAGCUGCUGGGUCGUAUGGGGACCGAGGCCGAGUCUGGACUGGCCGCCUUGUAUCUGGCUGCUGAUGCUACUUUCUGCACCGGGAUCGACCUGCUGCUCAGCGGCGGAGCUGAACUCAACUACGGCGUCAAGAGUCAGAUCCCCUCCUGAUCCCCCCUCUCCUCACUGAAUAAACACCGGACAGAUCCCUUAGAUCAUCAAGUAACAGUGUCCUCACUCUCUCUAGAAUAGAUUCUAAAUCAGCUUAUGGCGCCUUCAGUCAUUAUGGGAAAACUCUCUGAGAUUCUCCACCACAUGAACUAUGGUCUGCUACAACAGCUUCUUCUUAUAAAUGUUUAUUUUGCAAGCUUUAACUCAGGUUUAAUGUGCUUAAUUAAUGGGUAAACCUUUUCAUUUGAUUCCAUUUUUUAUAUUAAUUAUAAAACAUUUUUCUCAUUCCCUUUUUUGAUGUAAAACCUUCUUAUCUUGUCUUCUUAUAUGUUUUGUCAAGUUUAAACUUUGCCUGUUUUUUCAUUUGAAUUUGUCUGCCUUUUAUUUUGAAGCUCAUUGACUCCAUAUGCCUGUUGAAUGAAAUGUGCAAUAUAAAUAUAUUUGACUUG